UUUUGACAAGAGCCUCUCAACUCUGCCCCCCAUUUCAUACGUCAAACCAUGAAGCUCACGAUUUGCCUUAUUUGGCUUGCUGGUCUUGUUGCCGUCUCUGGUGAUGAGACAAGUACUUGCAUUGCACUAUGCACAAGUGAUAUGAGCUCGGCACGCGAUCAUUGCUGCGACGGUAUGCGAGUAAAGAAUUGGAAAUCGUGCUGUAAAGCAAAUUGCAGCAGCAAAAAGAAUAUUACGAUUCCGUGCGACUACAACUGACCAAAAGGCUGCAUCGAAGGUUCCAACUUUCACAAUAUCGCGUUGAUGACGCGUAGCAAUCAGGAAAGCUAAUAAAAGAUCGUUUUUCCUAUAUCUCCAUCAUUC